GAGGAAGCACUUAAAUCUUCUUCUACAUGACUAUAGCGAGGAAAACAGGCGCAUCUAUGGAGGCACAAUGCCUACAGCAGGAAGCAUGCUAAAGCCGAUUCGAGACCUUACCGAGGGAGAAGCUGCGGUUUCCCGGCAAUUAGCCUCCCAGGUCAAUAACAAGCGCACUCCGACCGGUCAGUUCUUUACCACAAUAAACCCAACCCUGUACGAAAAGCAACCUCCGCCGGCCACAUACGAGGGGCAGAACAUCACGGACACAGCAGUCGCAACCAUGCGCGGGAGCGGCCGAUUUACCGGCACCGGGGGUACCGACGCUCGGGUACCGGCUGACCUAGGGCAAACACAGGGCAGCAUCGGGGCCGACAUUGGCAGCGGCGGCACUACCACCUUGCCACCCAUCGGUGGCUCCGAUGGAAAGCGGGCAAACUGGUUGCUUCCGUGGCAAACCGGAGACCGGCAAUUAGGGAAAGUCAUGGCGGACGCGAUUCGCCAUAAGCGCACGCCGAUCGGCGCCUUUGCCAACAGGGACCUCGCCAAGCCCAACAAGUAGCGGAGGGCGCAUCCGGAAGGAGCCUCCAGUAGUGGCCAUACCUUCGUGCGGGGCCAUCCAACAGUGGAGGCAUGGCGUGUAUGAUUAGAAGUCGCCGGCCGGCGCAAUACAGGAACGGGGUUUUGUUCUUCACAAGCGCAAAAAGUGAACUUUUACGGCGGUGAUAUGAUCUGGGUUGCACUAAAUUAUUCCGCCUGGGUUGUCCAACUGAGGGCUCACCAUGGCUGCUAUCCUUAACGGGGCGUGCACUGGUGCAAUCAUCGGAUGGAUUACUCGGCGUUCAAUCGUUGGAAGCCCUAUUGAAGCGGAAUGUCUGUGGAGGUGGUGUGCAAAGGCCUGCUUAUGACACGCUUUAAUGGCGACCUAGACGCUGCUUGUGUGCGUUGGCUAUCACAAUUUU